CUUCCUAUGACAUCCCUGAACUACAUGGCCCAAUGCGAAGCGGGCGAUAUUGUCGAUCCUCGUGGUUAGAGCGUCGAACUGCCUCCGUAUGCUGUACCAGAGUCUACUCUUCAUUACUUGGCUGUGACCCUCCUCCGAACCCAUCACAUGAAACCACAGACACCCUUCAGCGAGGGGAAAAUGACAAUUCGUCCUCUGCUUAAGCGCAAAGCGAGAGCCAUCAAGCUUCAGUGUCAUGGUAUCAUCCUAAAGAAACCCAACACUUUCCUUCUGAUAUAGGAUAUCGUCCGGUGUAAAUCUGCCUUCUGUCCAUGCAAAACUGUAAGGCGCGUUGAAUUGGAGCUGAACCCCGCCUAAAGGAUGAGCUGGGACACGAAGUUCCCGUCCACCGCUGCCGAGUACAUGUGGCACAUGUAUAGCUUGUCCAUUCUGGUUCGCGUCACCGUUACAAUAUCGCUCGACAUGUUCGGCCGCUUGCUCCCUAUGGAGGCUUCGAAUAUGUUCAUAUCUGCAGAAGCGCAUCGGCCGUAGAAGUAGGGAUUACUCUCUGUUAGGGUUCUGAGCGAUUGGGUUGCCUAUGAAAGUUAUCUGCGAGAGGGGAAGAUUUUAUGGCUUCUGGAAGGUUUUACCAAUUUCGAAUCGUUCUUCUGAGGUGGCAUCAUGCGGUAGCCUCGAGUAUGGCUUCUAUACUGUAGGCUGAGAGCCAAAGCUCUGGUCAACUUCGUAGUGGGAGAGGUUUGGUAAGUCGUAUCUUGUACGCCGGGCUGGGGAACAUAACUGCAGCCUUCUUUUGGAGUCAAUUUUCGAAUAGGGAAGGAUGAGACAGCUCGUGAGUUGAGAAUAUAGGAUGGCUUUGCAGUAUCAUAUUAGAAAACGGUUUCCGGUGUCUACACCAAGCG